UAUUCUCCACAUAUACCAUGGCGUCAAUAUAUAUACAGGCUACUUUCAUUAGUUCGGUGAUAAAUUGGAUAAUCAGGUCCUGCUAUUAUAGUAUUAUUUCAUCAAUCUAUUGAAGGGAUUGUUAAACAAAAUAAUCUAGAGUUGUAUGAAAUAAUGGAAACAUGUACCAAAUUGGUCCCCUUUUGUUUUUCUUGAAACAGUGAAUAUUUCUAAUGUCAAAUCACCUUCUUGUUUACAACCUGAACACCUGAUACACUUUAGUUUACUUUGUUGGUAAUGUGUACCGCUAGAUGGUUUAUGGAUGUUUUUUUGUUUUGUUUUGUAAUUUCUAUGUCCGAGAGAAUCAUUGCAAUCAUUCAAACCUAAAACCUUAAACAAAAGGACAUGUGAAUAGUUUAGGAUGUAUACAACAUCCUCCCUACGUUCUCGAAUAUAUGACGUUUAUUACAAGCAAAUUAGUUUUGCUGAACUUUUAUGUUAUAUAUUCAAGGACGGAGGUAGUACUACAGAUUUAUGUUUAUGUAACUAGUUGAGGCUAUAAGCCUAUAAAAUUUUGUACCUGAGUGAUGUUGAUUUAACAACAAUGAUCGAUCUGGCCUGCUGUUGUGUGGCGGGGUUGAAUUGCUCACAGGAGGUUAAGGUGCAAAUCUCAUCUCCACGUAGCGGUGGUGGAUUGAGAAAGCAGAGAGAUAGAGAGGAGGUAACUUCUUUAGUGAUUCAUGAAUGCACCUGUCUUAAUGCUGAGGUGGCCGGAUGAAACAAACUCCUAGAAGCCAAAUCUUAAUCCUAACAUACUUAUCACCUACCUUAAUGGAAAAGCUAAGGGCAAGCACAUAUGUAAAUGGCUUAUGCCGUGCUGGACCUUUUUGGUGCCCCUGGUGUAGGCGCAUCUCCACAUAGCACAUGCCUACAAGUUUAUCUGACAGAGAACUCUAAUGCUCGUGAGUUUUGAUCAUGUGUGUUUUUGUGCAAUACUCUGACCAAAACCAAAUAUAACUGUAAGAAGUUGUAAAGCAUAUUUAUUUUUUGUUAUAGUAUGUGUGAUGCAUAACUCACUGUUGUUACAUUUUCGCUGCUUUCCUAGGUGAUUUUUGCAAGCACUGGGCGGUUCUCUUUUCUUGCUAGAAAUUAUGAGUAAAUGUGUUACCUUCAGUAUUAUUAUUAUAGCUCUUAGUUUAGUUUCUUGUGAGUCCUCAUUUACAUAUUUAUUUACAUAUUUUCUGGGUCGCCGAUUGCAUGUUUAUGAUGGAAUAUCCAUGAUGUUGCAUUUAACUGGCCUCUUUAUUGAGACUGUAGUAUCCAUGUCCUUAUUCUCCUCAUGGUUCUGACCUGGACGAUUCAGAAAGUUGAUAAUACAUUUCUAUAAUGUUUGAGAGAUUGAUAGUUCUGGAUCUGAUCUUAUGUAUUCAUUUGAGCAGAAUCUUCACUUUGAUGCUUUCUUGAAUCAUCCACAUUUCCCAGAGUGUGUAUAUUUAAUCUGAACUUUGAGGUGCUUCCCAGUUCUGGCUCGAUCAUUUUCAUUACGCAAUUCAGUCAUAUCAGACUGGGCAUAGCGUGGGAUGAUCAUAAUUUGCUGAACUUGUAAAGCAUUUUUUGCCUGACGCCUCUGUACCAUGUUGCUUUCUAUGGCCUAUGAUGGAUUGAAUGAACUAUAGAGAGAUCACCCUCCACCAUUGGUGGCUUGGAGCUGGGGGACCAAAGAUUGCAAAAUUUCUUUAAGGUGAACUUUAUAUUGACCACAGGAAGAAAGAUCACUUUUUUGGUGUACGCGUGCAUCUUGUUUACACAUGUUCUAUUGACUAUUGGCCCCAUUUAUUAUUUGAUAUUAUGUUAUUAAACCAUGAAAUAUCUGUCAUGAGAUUUAGCUUUCUGAUCACCUGUCUUUGGACUGGGACUGUGAGCCACUGUUACAGUACUAAAAUCAGAGCUGUACGGGGCGUCUCGGAGCCCGAGAAAGGCUUCAACUUUCUGUGAGAUGAACUCUUUGCUUGUGGUUUGGUGCACUGAAAAGAUUGGGACUGGGGACGGCAUGGGAGCAAAGAGUUAAUAAAUCCAGAUGGGGUAAGUAAGUGUUUUACUGCCACGAAAUCCCUUUGCUAUGAUUGUUGAUCUGAACUUCGGUUCUAGGUUAACUUGUGGUUGGUGAUAUGCUUUAUGCAGUAGCAGUUGCACUAGGUGUGGCUGCUUUACAAAAGUAGUCGGGUGUUACGUACUUACGUCGGUGCUAGAUCAUUACCUGUAUGAAUAAUUUAUCGUUUGUCUACUGUACCUUCUAUCGUUUGUGAAAUGAAUAUGUGAUGCCUGAAGUACAAAUGAAAGUUUGAUCAGCUUCUGCUGCUUUAUGGAGAAGUGUUCUGUGUUGCAGUGCUAAAUCUGAACCAGGGGUGGACCCAAGGCGAAAAUUGAGAGAGGGCACAGCUUAAGAAACUUCCAGAUGAUGAAGCUUGAACAUGGUAGAAAUUUAUCUUUUACCUUGAUGUGAAAAUUUUGAGUGAGGGCCUGUGCCCUCACUAGUGUCAACAUGGGUCCGCCCCUGAUCUGAACCAUUUGGAUCCGUAUACUAUUUCACUCGUCACUUCUAUAAUCUUGUGUAAAAUACAAAUACAAUACUUCUGCAUGUCCUUUUGACAUAAAAUAGAAAUAUGUUCCUGAUGUGUUUUGAUUUAUCAGCAUAUGUUGGUCUUGAAACAACGGAAGAUGAUUGCAACAAGGCAGAAUCUCUAUUCCCUUGAACUGGGAUUACCUUGGGAACAAGAGUACGAUGGAAGCUGCACGGUGCUGCACAAGCGCCAACAAACCUCUACAGGUUUCCGGACAGUGAGAAUCAAUUCCAAUUCGGUGACGAUACACCUCUACCUCUGGCAGGCAGGAUGCCCCUGCUGCAUGCAGUUCUUCACUUUGACUGUAUUAUUCGGUGUCCAGCCCCCUACCAGCUUCCUCUCUCCACUAUUGCUCGAUAAUAAUUCUGGCAGCUGAAGCAGGUGGCAGCAAUGGGCACCGGAUUCUGAAAGGCCUUCAAGUGAAACAGUACACUGAUGGACUGCUUGUUACAUGGACACUUGGAAAGGUCCCCUCAGCUUUGCCUGUGCCGUCCCGUUAUCUACCAACAGUAUGUCAAUGUGCAUUUUGCAAAUAUACUAACAGGUGGUGCUUGAAUGCUUGUUGGUAAAUACAGUGUGAUUCUUAAGCCAGUGUGGAUGGAUAAUCUUGUGGUGACUUGUCUUCUACACCAAGGGACAUACUUCUGUGCCUGCUACUAUGUUUAUACUGGGGUGUAAAAUAUAAUUAAAAAAGCUGUGAGAGGUUGGUGGAGAACUGGAGACUACAGUGGGGUCUCCAGCCAUUCAUUGUUUUCAGUCGUAGCCACUGAGCCGCAUGUCUGCGUGCCACUACAAGGUGAACACUAUUCACUCUAGCAAAGGGGCUGGUGAGGAACAGCGGAACAUCUGAUCGAAAGAGGAGGAACAGGGGGCAGCAGUUCUAACCUCCGUGCUGGUAAUAACAAAACUUUCUGUAUCGUUGGUACUAAUAUAUACUGUGCCAUGCUCUUUGCAAAUAGUUUUGUAUUUAGGACAAGUACUUUACUUUAUAUAUUAUUAGUCUUUAGAAGUACUGCAGUAUGAUGCUUUCUUUGAAGACGGCAUUAUAUUGCUUCCAUCCCUUCGUGAGCAUUCUGUCUCUUUGAACAGUACAUGGGCGUUUCUCUCCCUCCCUCCCUCUCUUUUGGAGGAAUUACGGGCAAGAGAACUAUUAACUCAUUAAAUGGCAUUGGCCUUCUUUCGGACGAUUUCUACUCUUCAUCGGAGUGUUUAGACCCUUCAGCAAGCAUUUUGCUCGAUCUUUGCUUAAGGGUUAAGUCCCAGCGUUUCUUUGCCCUUCCAUCUUGGUCGAACUUAGCUUCUAAUCACCUGGUGACUCUUACAUCGUCAUGCUAUAGAACAGGAUGUGAACUAAUGAAAACGUAUAAUCUAUUUAAAUCUAUCAUUUAUAGUUCUGGCAUGGAAUUUGGAUGUUUGGAGGGUCAGUACGGACUGUUGCGUUUUGAGGAAUCCCCUACCUUGGCCACAGGAAUACAAACAUCUAACUUUUUGGCUUUUCUCCAUCAUAGACCCUAAUUUGCUUCCGCGGUUCUCCUUGUGAUUUGAAGGUCACACUUUCUUAGCUGUUGCCCUCUUUCUUGUUCUCUGGAUCUGAUUCUACGGCUUCUGAAUUCUCACAUUUCCAUCUGAGUGUGGCGGUGUGUGUGCAAGCUGGCAACUAGCUAACUUUGUUUCGGCAUUGCACCUAUCAAAAUGAGAAAAACAACGAAAAAUUGAACUUCAAAUCUAUGCCCAAUCAUUAGUUACAGGAACUUGAAUUUGCAUUCAGUAUCUAUGAUAUGCUGAAUUGUGGAGUCUAUUUCACCUUCUUAUGCUAAGAACUGGUCCAUCCUUGAAGAGUUCUAUCCUUGUGGUGAAAAUUAAUUACUUUCUCAAACUUUAGGCCCAUUAGUUGAGUUGGAAUGAAAAUCUGGAGGACAGAACUUUAAUAGUGGCAUGUUAAGAGGGUUUAAACUUAGAUGGGCCCUGUUCAUUGCCUAAUAAUUAACCUUAUUCUGGGCAGGCCCAUACAUACACUGGAUGACAGUAGCAUCUGAUCCUUGGGUUGGUCACUAGGUCUUCAGUUUGCAGCACCAACUGUAAGCGAUCUUCAUUCAGAGCUCUCUUUAUUCUGAUCUCUGGAUGUGAUCCAGCUGGUGCAUGGUUGUUAGUAGUACUAGUACCAGCAAUUCUAUUCCAGGGCUUGGUUUCCGCUUUUGCCCUUGCGUUUGUCUAUUGCAUCAGGCUUACUUAGCCUUUUCACUUUGGACAAUCUUUAUGUAAGGCUGCAAGGGUUAGUUGUUCCUUGUUGAGCCUUGCAAGGAAUUGACUGUGUCCAGCUCCCGAUCUACUCCACCCUUUAAGUAAAGCUCCUUCAGUUGGCAAACCUGGCAAGUUAGAAGGUUAUCGGGUAUUCCCAAAAAUGAUUGGAACAUCGCACUGAGUUCAAGUAUCAAACGCAGAUGUAUUCCCCUCCCUGCACCGAUCCUGAAAGAGAGGAAAACCUGUGCUUCGCAGUCGGAACUAACCUGCUUGCUUCACUAGAGCAUACCAUGGAUUUUGAUGAGCCUAUCAUCUUUCCAAUGAACAAUGUAGGCAUGCAAGAGGGGGUUCAGCUUUACAAUUCUGCUGGGGAUACUCAGCUAAGUAGAAAUAUGAACACAGGCAAGUGUUUAAAGGGUGCUAAAAGGAAGGGUUCAGGAGAGGACAGUUCAUCACUACAUUCUCUAGAUGAAACCGGUGCAUUGUUGCAGCGAAAAGUCAGCAUGCAGUGUGCUGAUGAGAAGGCAACUGAUGCUGGAACCAACAGAGAGGACUAUGUGCAUGUCCGGGCAAAGCGUGGCCAAGCCACCAAUAGCCACAGCCUUGCAGAAAGAUUUCGAAGGGAAAAGAUAAAUGAAAGGAUGAAGCUUCUUCAAGACCUCGUCCCAGGUUGUAACAAGAUUACAGGCAAGGCCAUGAUGCUUGAUGAAAUCAUAAAUUAUGUACAAUCUCUGCAGCGGCAGGUUGAGUUCCUUUCAAUGAAGCUUUCAGCUAUCAGUCCCGAGAUGAACUGCGAUUUCGAUCUGCAAGAUAUCCUUUGCUCACAAGAUGCUUGUGCUGCAUUUCCGGGAUACAGUCUGCAAAUGAGCAGUGUGCAUCUGAAUCUGUUCAGGGCAUCUCAGCAAGGUUUCUUGCGUCCAGAACCAUGCGGGGUGAGCCCAAAUCCAGCAAAUGUUCAUGUGGCUAGACCGGUUCAGCAGUUACUUCAGCUACCUACAUUUCCUCAGAGAGGAGUGAACUGGGACGAGGAACUUCGCACCGUUGCUCCAGAUGCUUUCGCUUCUGACGUUGGUGCUGAUUCGAUGAAAGUGGAGUAACAAGUCCACAUGACCACAUCUGAAAGUUUGUUGGGCUGCUAUCGGGAAGCUUUUGCAAGUUGAAACGGUGGCACGGCAUCUCUUGGGAUGAUCUAGUUAACUUUGGUCUUCGAUGAGAAGGAUUCUGGUGUCCACCCAUCAUGUUCAUGUACAGUUGACUAAUCAAAGGGGUGAAAAGUUUGUGAUCUGGUCAAAAGGAUAAUGUACUAUGUUGGCCUGGAGCCCUGGAAUUUGUGACGUAGCUGGAUAGUGGUUUGAUGGCGUGUGGUUCCACCUAGUUAUUUGCUUGUAAUAGCAGGUAAAGCUUAAUAUGUUUAACUGCAUGUAUCAUAAAAUAUAAAUUGCGGCGGUAGUUUAGAGUACGAUAAAAACUAAGUUUCAUUAACAAUAGCAUUGCACUUCUACGUAUGUUCUCCCAUA